GUAUGGAUUGAUGCAGCUACUCAGAUAUUUUACUCCUUAGGAGCCGGGUUUGGCGUUUUAAUUGCAUUUGCCAGUUACAAUAAGUUUGACAACAACUGUUACAGGGAUGCUUUGCUGACUAGUACCAUUAACUGUGUCACAAGCUUCAUCUCAGGAUUCGCAAUUUUCUCCAUAUUGGGCUACAUGGCUCAUGAGCACAAAGUUAAAAUUGAGGAUGUAGCCACUGAAGGAGCUGGUUUAGUUUUCAUUCUCUACCCAGAGGCAAUUUCAACUCUUUCAGGAUCUACAUUUUGGGCCGUGGUAUUCUUCAUCAUGCUCCUUACUCUUGGCAUUGACAGUUCUAUGGGCGGAAUGGAGGCUGUCAUCACUGGCUUGGCAGAUGAUUUCCAAAUUCUGAAGCAGCAUAGAAAGCUCUUCACCUUUGGUGUUUCUUUUGGCACCUUCCUGCUUGCCCUUUUUUGCAUCACCAAUGGUGGAAUUUAUGUGCUUACACUCCUGGACACAUUUGCAGCUGGGACUUCAAUACUGUUUGCUGUUCUAAUGGAGGCAAUUGGAGUUUCCUGGUUUUAUGGUGUGGACAGAUUCAGUGAAGACAUCCAACAAAUGAUGGGCUUCAAGCCAGGCCUCUACUGGAGACUGUGCUGGAAAUUUGUUAGCCCUGCUUUUUUAUUGUUUGUCGUGAUAGUCAGCAUAAUAAAUUUCAAACCUCUGACCUACGAUGACUACACCUUCCCUCUCUGGGCAAAUCGCAUUGGCUGGGGAAUAGCAUUAUCUUCAAUGAUACUUGUGCCUGCCUACAUUAUCUAUAAAUUUAUGAAUGUGCGUGGGACCUUUAAAGAAAGACUAGCUUACUGCAUCACACCUGAAAAUGAGCACCAACUCGUGGCCCAAGGAAAUGUCAGGCAGUUUAAGCUUCAACACUGGCUAACAAUAUGACAACCAACAGGUUGAGGAAAAAGCCAAUAUGGUAAGCUAAACUGGGAAUACAGAAAAGUCAAGUUCAAAGCUCCCUUGAUUAUGCUUGGACCAGGCUGGCUCAGAGCUUAUCUACUGACUCUUUGAGGGAAGACAUCUGCUCUCUGUUCUCAAUGCCUCCCUUCUAUUACUUGGCUUCAAACGAUCUUUAAAGACUCUGUUUAAUUUUUCUUAUAUCCUUUGGUGCCAUGAAAUCCCUACAUGACCAAAACUUGUGAGUUUUGCUAUUGGCAGAAGUGGAGGAGGGGG